AUGGAGCACUACCUAGAGUACGCGCCCACCAAGCGCGUCACCAAAGCCAGCUUCCCAAGAAAAAUCCCCGCCAAGGACUACGCGCAGCCCGUGACCACGCCAUGGGUCGUCGCCCUCCCGCCCGGCAGCCUGGCGACGCUGCUCAUGGGCUUCAGCGCCCAGAUCAUGGACCACAAGUGGCACGUAUACGCCGAGGGCCCUGACGCCGACGGGAAGGUGGACGUGCACUUUUUGCGCAGCUGGACGGGGAAUCCCAUCGUCACGGCGAGGAUCGAGACGGCGCGGCGAGGAGGUGCCGAGGGGGGAGAGACCUCAGAGGAGGAGGCGGCGCGCAUCGUGGAGAUAACAUGGGAGGCCGACCGCACGCGUGGGCCGUUUAACCAUCAACCGACAGAGGAGUCUGCUCAGAACUGGGUGCUUGACGUCUGCGACUGGGUCUUUGGCAUCCGCCUCCCGGGACAGACUGGCGAGUACAAGAGUCUCCAAAUCCGUGAAGAUGACGAUUCCAAAGCCGACAUAGUAAUGAGGCAGGUCAGCAUUGGAACGUCCGAGCUGCCAUGA